GGCCCUUUCUUCCCCGCCGCAACCCCGUAACGGUCAUAACGACUUUUUCCCUUCCCGCCACUUUCUCUUCGCCUCUCACUGACCAGCUCCUCCACGCAUACACAGCCCCGCUCUCCCCCUUCCUCUCCCAUUUCUCCCAUUCACUGUACCGGCGCGCCGCCACGGGCUCCGGCAAGAAACCGAUGAGACAUAGCGAUGCCGAGGGGGGCGGCAGUGGCGUUCCACGUUCGCACCCGUCGAACCUCCCGCUGCCGGCGCCGCAGUCCGACCCGAACCUCCAGUUCUCGGGGACGGACGAUGACUUCUCGAACCGGCACAGCAGCUCGUCCGCGACGGGCGGCGCGAGCCCCGGGUUCUACUCCGACUACCCGUCCAGCUUCAGCGGCGAUUGCUCGCCUUACAACAUGUCCCCCUGGAACCAGACCAUGGCGUCCCCUUGGUCGCACCACAGCGAGGCGUCCAUGGCAGGCCACGGCGGCGCGCCCACCAUGGCGCCAGGCACCAGCCUCAUCGGCUCGUUGGUGAGGGAGGAAGGCCACAUCUACUCGCUCGCCGCCAAGACCGACACGUUGUACACCGGCUCGGACAGCAAGAACAUCCGCGUAUGGCGCAAGCAGAAGGACUCCGGCGGCUUCAAGUCGUCGAGCGGCCUCGUGAAGGCCAUCGUCAUCUCCGGCGAGCGUAUCUUCACUGGCCACCAAGACGGAAAGAUCAGGGUGUGGAAGGUGUCGCCCAAGAACGGCCUGCACAAGCGCGUGGGCAGCCUGCCGCGGCUGCGCGACUUCCUGCGCGGCUCGCUGAACCCGUCCAACUACGUGGAGGUGCGCAAGAACCGGACGGCGCUGUGGAUCCGGCACAGCGACGCCGUGUCGUGCCUGAGCCCGACGGACGCGGCGCAGGGCCUGCUCUACUCGGGGUCGUGGGACCGCACCUUCAAGGUGUGGCGCAUCACCGACUCCAAGUGCCUCGAGUCGGUGGUGGCGCACGACGACAACGUGAACGCCAUCGUGGCGGCGUUCGACGGGCUGGUGUUCACCGGCUCGGCGGACGGCACGGUGAAGGUGUGGCGGCGGGAGCUGCAGGGGAAGGGGACCAAGCACGUGGCCGUGCAGACGCUGCUGAAGCAGGAGCACGCGGUGAACGCGCUCGCCGUGAGCGCCAUCGCGCCGGUACUUUAUUGCGGCUCCUCCGACGGGCUCGUCAACUUCUGGGAGGGUGAGCGGCACCUGGUCCACGGCGGAGUGCUGCGCGGGCACAAGAAGGCCGUGUUCUGCCUCGCCGCGGCCGGUGCCCUCCUUCUCAGCGGCUCCGCCGACAACACAAUCUUCGUGUGGCGGCGCGAUGGCGGUGUGCACUCCUGCCUCUCGGUGCUCACGGGCCACACCGAGCCGAUCAGGUGCAUCGCCGUCGUCGAGGACAACGCCGACGGCGGCGACGCCAGCCGCGCGACCGGGUCGGCCCCCCGGUGGAUCGUGUACAGCGGCAGCCUCGACAAGUCGAUCAAGGUGUGGCGCGUGUCCGACGAGGCGCCGGAUGCGCUGCUCCAGGGCCCGGGCGCCGGCGACGCGCGGCAGAUGUUUGACCGGUAUCCCGGCGACCCGUUCGUGGCCGGAAGCUCGUCGAGAUCGUUCCGUUGAACGUAUGAGAUCACUUGCAACAAAAAAUUCACCUUCACUUCAUCAGUGGGCGGAACGAUGCAUCUUGGAUGGAUUAACAGAAGAAAUUGCCGGAUGGCUAUACAUAUGUCCCUAUAUACUGUUGGAGAUGGCUGAAAAUUGGAAUGUAUGAAAAUUACUAGUUUGUGCUGCGCACUAACUAUGGAGUUUUUUCACCCUUUGUGACAAAAAGGAUGGUGAAUCUAGCUAGAUAAGUUUGCUUUUGGAACUUGGCUAAGGGAAAUUUUGAUACAUGCUUAUUUGUUGUACUAGUUGAAAUUGGACUUGGUUUUAUGCCAAAGGAUGAAAUCAAUAAAGGACUGAUUUCUGCUA